AUGUACGCGCCUGUUAACUUGGAUGCUGCAAAGCAAGAAGAAGAGGAAGAAGAAGAGGAGAAGAAAUUGCAGGAGAAACAAGAACUAAAACUCAACUUGUUAUCGACAUCCUUUUCUUUUUCUUCUAGUUUAUCUUUUACGAAACGCAUGUUGAUUCUAUCAAGCCUUGUAGUCUUUGGUCUAAUUAGUGGUCUAUUACUCUUUCAAUUCGUAUGCAGCGAUAAGUUUGACCACAUUGUGCAUUGGUUACGACUGCAUCAAGUGCUCGGUGCUGCUCUUUAUGUCUGCAGUUUUAUAUUCUUUGUGGCAGUUUGUUUCCCAUCGACAGUUUUUGAGUUACUAGCUGGCUAUAUAUUUGGCUUUUGGCUAGGACUAUUCCUUGCUACUACAGGUAAACUAAUGGGUUCUGUAGUUUCGUACUGUAUUGGCAAGUAUUUCUGGCGACAACGGGUACAUGAAUACAUGGUACGAGGCCAUCCAGCAUUGCAGGGAUUUCAGAGUCUCCUACGAAAACGACAGGUGCUGGUGGUUUUCCUUACGCGUGUGGCUUUUUUUCCCAUUGCAGUCAAGAAUUAUGGACUUAGUGUACUUGACGUUACCUUCCACGUGUAUUUUGCGGCGGCAUUAUUAACAGGACUCCCGUUCUCAGCUAUUUGGGUUUACUCAGGGCACGCAGUUGAGAAUUUCACGGUGCUCUUGGCCACUCCAACGGCCUCAAGACACCGCACCGAGAUGGUCUUGUUGCUUGUGGGAGUGGGCAGUGCCUUGCUACUACUAGCCGUGGUGGGGCUGUACACCCGCAAGUACGUGCUAGGACUUGCGGAGAAGGAAAACGAGACAGGAAUUGCAACAGCGGCGCCCACAACAUCGGGCGUUUCCAAGAUAGACGGAUUCACGUCCUUUGCUGCGGUUGCAGCCACGACGAGAGAGCAGAAGUCGUGUUAG